CGAUCACGGUCAGAACUACACGUCUCAGUAUAACCUGGUCGUGAAGUUGUAGAAAAAAAAUAAUCGAUUAAAAUUGUGUCUGAAAAAAGUGUCUCUUGUUGUUUAGGAAAAACCCUGACCUACAAUGAAGGUUGUGCCUCAUUUCAUGGUGUUAUUAAUGUUGGGGUGCGCACGAGCCGAUAUGGCGGGUGAAUGCGACCUGGCCGGCUUCUACACUGAGCUGGGGUGUACGCCCACCCCUAGUGGGGACAACUCCACCCUCUGUCCGGACUCAUUCACCUGCCCCGAGCUGCAUCCGGACCCGGCUAUGUGUUAUUACAGGGGCAUAGCGUACAGCGACAAGUCCACCAUACCGCAGAACCUCAUCAACAACCCGUGCUCGCAAGCGUGUAGCUGCCAAGUGGCUAGUAGCGGCGGUCCCAGGUUCGAGUGUGCGGCAGUCGACUGCGUGGAAGUGUUCGACAGCGACCUGCGGCAGUGCGUCAGCACUUAUGAUCUGGAAGCAUGUUGCAGCACUGGCAAUGUUUGCGGUAACGACGCAAUAGCUAACUUGAAGACUUGCGAAGUGGACGGCAAGAGUUAUCGCGAGGGGGAGUCAUUUGAGCCCAAGAACACGCACAAGACCUGCAUCUGCACUGCAGGAUGGGACGGGUCGACGGACAACCCUUCGGUCUGUCGGGACAUCAACUGCGGCAUCGAAAUCCACUAUCAGAACAAGCUGUUGGACAACUGCGCGCCUGUAUUCGUGGGCAACAAGAAGAGUUGCCCUAUUAGCUUUGCUUGCCCGUCAGAAACAACAAAGAUCGUCCGCGGGGUGAACUUGCGCGGCAUAAACGCUCAGUGUGUGUUCGGUAACACCACCCUGGGGGUCGGCGAUGAGGUGACUGUAGACGAGCGCUGCACCACCUGCUCCUGCGAAGUGCCACCCUUCGUAUCUUGCACCAUGAAGGCCGCUUGUAAUUAG